AUGUCUGCAUCCGCGCUCUCCAGCGCCUGUGCCCCGGCUCACUUUGGUGAUAUCACCCUAGCGGGUGCCGAUAUCCUCGGUAUCUCAGCCCAGCUGCUCACCAACGUCACAGAGACGAGCCUCGGGGACUUUCGCUACACCCAGCCGACCGUGCAGUUAACGAACGCUAGCUUCUGCAACGUUACUGUAACAUACACCCAUCCUGGACAGGGUGACCGCAUUAGUGUCGAGGCAUGGCUCCCACUGACCAACUGGAACAAUCGCUAUCAAGCAGUCGGCGGUGGUGGAUGGAUCGCUGGCCGCUCCUACAUCUCAUAUGUGAACAUGUAUGGAGCUUUGGCAGACGGAUUUGCAACUUCAUCCACCGACGCGGGAUUGUACCCCGUGGGUAGCCCAGAAGCUGCUCCGUGGGCUACAGUGAGCCCUGGGAAUCCUAACCUGUAUAACCUGAAUAAUAUGGCAUCAGUUUCGCUCAACGACCAGGCGAUACUGUCCAAGGCUAUUAUCAAGCAAUUCUAUGGAUCAGGACCCGAGUACUCCUACUGGAGCGGCUGCUCUCAGGGUGGCCGCCAGGGUUUGAUGCUUGCCCAGCGGUACCCGGAUGCCUACGAUGGGAUCUCGGCCGGAGCUCCUGCAAUCAACUGGUCCGAGUUCAUCCAAGCGAUACAGUGGCCGCAGCAAGUCAUGAACGAAUUGGGCUACUACCCAUUUCCCUGCGAACUCGAUGCACUGACUGCCGCUGCUGUCACUGCCUGUGACGGUCUCGAUGGUAUCGAGGAUGGAAUUAUUGGAGAACCUGUCGCUUGUCUCAAGGAGUUCGACCCGUUCAGCAAGGUCGGCACCACUAUACAGUGUGCUCAGACAAACAGCAGUAUGGCGAUUACCCAAGCCGCCGCCGUAGUGGCAAAUGCUACUUGGAACGGGAUGACGACCGCUGGGGGAAAGCAGACGUGGUUCGGCAUUCUUCCCGGAACCGACAUCACGGGAUCGUCGAUUCUAGCACCCGGUGCAAGUCCCGUCGCCGCCACCACCUGCAAUGCCACAGCAUGUGUGGGGACACCAAUGAUCAUUGGACCAGAGUGGAUCAAGUUCUUUGUGGCUCGCGAUGCAGAGCUCGACCUGCAGAACAUUACCCGCAAGGACUGGGAUAGGUUGGCUCAUCUGAGCUUAUCCAUGUAUAACUCUAUGGUCGGAAGCAACGACCCAGACUUGUCACUUUUCCGCGAGAGAGGUGGCAAAAUUGUAUCAUUCCACGGCCUUGCUGAUAUCAUCAUCCCCCCGCAAGGCUCCGAGCACUACUACAAGGCAGUCGAAGCCGAGGUGGGCAACAUGGAUGAAUUCUACCGCUAUUACGAGGUCCCGGGCCUUGCUCACUGCUAUGGUGGAAACGGCGGGCGACCUGACAGCCUCUUUGCGCAGCUUCGCUUGUGGGUCGAGAACGGCACGCUGCCCGAGAGCAGCCCGCACAAGAUCACCAAUAAGCAGGGCACCACCGAGAACCGGAUCCUCUGCCCGUACCCGCAGAAGGCCAUCUAUGAUCCCAGCUGUGGCCAGACGGGGAAUGCGGACUGCUUCAGCUGUGCCGUGGUUUCGGAGCUGUAA